AUGUCUUGCUGUGGAGGAAACUGUGGCUGCGGCUCUAACUGCGGCUGUGGCAACGGCUGCGGAGGGUGCAAGAUGUACCCGGACUUGAGUUACUCGGAGGCUGCCGCCCCUACGGUGGCCACCGUGCUUGGCGUCGCCCCUAAAAUGACAUAUGUUGAUGGUGGAGAGUCCAUGGAGUCCGGCGCCGAUAACGGCUGCAAGUGCGGCGACAACUGCACCUGCAACCCGUGCAACUGGGAGAGUUGGGUCUUGUGGAUUGAGAUCAAUGGAAAACUCAUAUUCUCCUCUAGUUCGUGCAUUUUCAGUCACCGGAUUUGGAAUUCGAAGAUGAAAUUCAAGCAGAAGCGAGUGAAAGUGAAGAAUAUUCGGCUCUCCGGACAGCUCUUCGGCGCGGUGUUGUUUGUAUGUGGGGCCAUCACCGGUGGUUUCUUCAACGGGAGAAAAGUGUUCGCGAUGGGCUGCUCGAAGACUACUCAAAUGCGGAAGACCCUUUGGCUGCUGGUGCUCGAGUACAAGAAGGGAGGAGAGGAAUAG